AAAGUAUACACUUAUCACUAUAUAAUAUAAGAAUAUGAAGGCUCAUUAACUUUAUAUUUAUAAUUUCCAUAUUCUACAAUAAGAUGAAACUGUCUACCUUACUAUUCUUAGCAUUAUGUAUCCUUAUCCUUGGAACACAAAUCGAGGCUGAUGAUAAGAAAAAUGGUAGUACAAAGUCUGUAGAAAUGAGCGAAAAAGAUGAGAACAAGGAGACAGAAGGCAAAGAAAAAAAAAGUGACAAAGAAGAGGAUGAUGAUGAUGAUGAGGAGGAGGAGGAGGAAGAGGAAAAGAAAUGCAGUCGCGGUAUGAAACCAAUAUAUAAGCAUUUAAAAAAAUCUUUUAAAAAUGGACGUAAAUCGAUUUACAAAGUUGUUGACCAAUAUCUUAUGAAAGAUGAUCUUGAUAUGAAAUUAAUGGAAAUUGCUAAAAUUGUUGGUAAACGUGUUGAGAAACGUAUGGAAUAUUUUGCAAAAAACUUGAAGAAGUUAUGAAAUAUGAGACAUCUUAGAUAUACAAAAUCUCAAUAUUCUUUCAGUUUAUUAACAUCCAUUCAUAAAAGAACUUACAAUUGGGUCGUCAGUUUGUAGAAUAUCUACUUAACUUAAUAAAAAAAUAUAUACAUUUGAUUUUUUGAUA